GGGCAGUGGGCGUGGCCAGGGAGCAGCUCAUAUGGCGCACCGCGUGCACAGGAGCGGCUGCGGGAGCCGCGGUCACGGGCUGAGGGCGAGCAGCGCUGCAGCCCCGGGGCACCGCCUCUACUCCGCCCCGCCCUACGCUUACAUCCCCUGCAAGAAAGCCGGCGGCUCCGUCUGUGACUACUGCCUCUCCAGGAAGGAAAGCUUGCUCCGAUGUUCCCAGUGCAAGGUGGCAAGAUACUGCGAUGCAGUGUGCCAGAAACUGGCUUGGGCCGAACAUAAGCGGGAAUGCAAGUGUCUGAGAAGUGUCUAUCCAAAGAUUCCAGCUGAUAUGGCCAGACUUGUUGCAAGGAUUAUCUUCAAAUCACUAUCUGCGUCACCCUGUUCUUCUGAGGAGCUCUAUUCCAUCUCAGAACUUCAGUCCCAUAUCAAAGAGAUGAAUGAAGAGAUGAUAGAAGGCCUCAGGCAUCUUACAGCCAUGCUACAAUUUUAUAUGAAAGAGGAAAUUGAGGAUACAUCCCAGCUGCCUCCAGGUUUAAAUCCUCUGCAUCUCUUCGGUCAAGUGACUUGCAACUGUUUCACCGUCAGCGAUGGGGAGAUGCAAGAAGUUGGUGUUGGCCUCUAUCCCAGCGUGUCCCUGCUGAACCACAGCUGUGACCCAAAUUGCGUGAUUGUUUUUGAAGGGAAACAGCUCCUGCUUCACGCAGUUCGACACAUCCAAGCGGAGGAAGAGCUCACGGUCAGUUACAUUGAUGUCAUGGCUACAAGCCAGGAACGCCAGAAACAAUUGGAGAAGCAGUAUUUCUUUACGUGUGACUGCCAUCGCUGUGAGACCCGACACAAGGAUACAGAAAUGCUGGCAGGUGAAGAGGAAUCCUGGAAGGAACUCAAGGCAUCUGUUCCAAAGGUGGAAGAGUUACAAUCUGCAAAAGACUGGGAGCAAAUGGUGGCUGUGUGCCAGGCCACUCUAGAUAAGGAUCGAGCUCUCCCAGACAAUAACCUUUAUGUGCUGAAGAUGUUGGACCUUGGGAUGGAUGGCUGCAUUCACCUGGCCCGCUGGGAAGAUGCUCUACAAUACGGCGCAAGGACUCUGCGGCCGUUCCAGUUGUAUUACUCAGGUCCGCAUCCUGUGAGAGGAGUGCAGCUAAUGAAAGUAGGUAAACUGCAGUACCAUCAGGGAAUGCUGAGCCAAGCAUUGGACACACUAAAGCAGGCCUUUGACAUUCUGAAGGUGACCCACGGAAAAGAACAUUCCCUGAGUCAGAGCCUGCAGCAGCUCUUGGGAGAAUGUGAGGUAGAACUGAGCAGUGCACAGGGGUAGCUGUAACCAUGAGCAGCCAGGGAGUACUUGUGUGACUGUGGACUUGUGUGUGUAUGUGUCUUCAUGCAUCCUUGAUCCUGCAUCAGACCACUGUGGAGCCAAGAGAGGGAGGAAGAGAUUUGUCUUUCUCUUUAUUGGUGCGCUAUCCAUUAACAAUUGUCCCAAGGUGGUCAAUGAGAAGAAUCAUAAGCACUGUUUUGAAUUGUACGAAUGUGAGAGUUUCAUUAGUAGUUCAUAACCGAACAGAAUGCAUUGUACAGACAGAUAAUCUGAUGGUUGUCAGUGAUUUGGGCAGGAACUAUGUAGUUUGAUCCUGGAUAUUUACUUAGCUCACCAUCACUGUCAUGUGUCCUCUUUUUGUAAUCGUACAUGGAGAAAAGUCUAUAAAGCUUCCCUGCAGAUUCAAAUUACCCAAUUAACUACCCUGACUGUGUGUGCACUCACUCACCUGUGCUUGUCUGUUCUUGAUAUCAUGAGUUUGUCCUGAAAAUAUCAUGUCAUCCAUUAACACUGAAAAGGCUAGGAUUGACAACUGUGUCAAUUCCUGUGUUUACAUUGAUUGGAUGAGGUUUCAUGGUUCUGUGAAAUCUAUUGAAUCUCUGUUCGGUCAACUCUGAAUUGACGUGACAGGAGACCAGCUGACUUGUAUAAACACUCACAUCCUCACAAAAGGUACAAUAGCUGUAAUCUGUGGACAUGCUCCAUAUGCUGAGGCUGUUACCCAGUUGCAAUGAACCUUGUGGUAUAAAAUGAAAUAGUGAAUGUGGAAAGACAGCAGUGUGACCCCUGCCUGUGACUCUAGAAUUCAGUUUGAAUGCCUGCAGAAUCCCAAUGCAUUCUGUAAGUUUAUGGGUUCCUCACAAUGUAAUAAAAGAGGCUGACCAGCAUUCCUCAAAAUAAAGUUAAUGUUUUAAUAACCAAAAUAAUAUUUACAAGUUGUUAAUACACACAACCGGGGACACUUCGGAUUUAAAGGCAAUCCAAUCCUUCCUCCGGAGAGAAAGGCGACUGUUUUGUGUAUGUUGUUGAACUGCCCUCCUUCUUUGCCUUGGUGUCUCUGAGUCUCUUAAACAGACAGUCCUUUCCUCUCUGAGUCAAGGAUGAGUUUUUCUCUCUCCGUUCCUGUAUAAAAUGGCAGCUGUCUCUCUCCUUCACACGAUACGCACUUCUCCUUCCAUGUGGCCACCUAACUUCCUGUUACUGUGUCUGUGUCGACCCCCUCACCAGGUGGCACCAGUGGUUCCUGACCUGUUGGUUCUUUCUUUGCAACAAAGUCUCUCUUACACAGAAGCCACUCCGAGAUGAAAAGUGGAGUGGGUGGGUGGGGGAUUCAGCUGUACUCUUUCAGUCUCCAAUACAUUCACACUCCAAUACAUUUAGAAUCAGACUUCUUGGACCUGUUGUUAUCGAAUGGUGGAAAAAACACAGAAAUCAAGCAUUUUGAAAGCAUCUCCAACAUGAGUUCACUCUGCCUUUAAGUCAAAGAGUGUCCAGAAUCACGGUUAGCUUGGACUUGGAAUAAAAUGUAACCCAUCUAAGUUACAAAAAUAUUUUAUAACCAUCAUUGAAAUGAACCAUUAGUUAAAUAUUGAGAAUGAGUUGAACGUAUGAAUUCUCCAAGGUAUCUCCAGCAAUUCUGGCUUUAAGUGGGAGUCCCAAUUAAACAGGAUUUCUGAUACUUUUACACGGAGGGGAAAACAAAACUUCUUUUUCCUUGUCAUAUAUUGUCCUGUCCAAAGGCCUCUGAUAUUCUUGGAAAAUCUCAGCAGAGAUUGUUGUUCAUAGUCUCCCAAGGAAAUUCCCAAUCCAGGUGGGCAUUUGUAUUGGAACAGAAAGCGCAAUAAAGAGAGAAAUAGAAAGGCUGAGAGAGAGAAAGAGGGAGACAACACAAGAGUUAGACAGAGAAAAUACUGUUCGAGCUGGGGAAAGAAUAAUAAUGCUGCAUUUGAUAAAGUGUCUGAAACAACAAGAAUAUCUCUGAGCACAUCCCAAUGUUUCAUUAAAGUGUAGUGAAUGUGUAUUUGUUGGAGUCAGAAAGAGUGAACAAAA